GGGACGUGCGGAACCCGCCCCUCUCCCUGUUCCACCUUUUGAGAGAGGUGGGGAAAGCUGCCUGGAAGAGCGAGAGUGACGUCAGCUAUUGACUAAUGGGAAGAGCUGAUAGUGGAAGGUGGGAGUAAGAGUGACAGCGAUUGGUCGGCCCCGGUUGUCGGCGCCUAGGCGGGAGCUCCGGGAAGCAGAGGCAGCGGGUGGGGGCCUAGUGGACUGGAGGGGUCACAAGAUGGCGGCGGAGACGGUGGAGCUCCAUAAGCUGAAGCUUGCUGAACUAAAGCAGGAAUGUCUUGCUCGUGGUUUGGAGACCAAGGGAAUAAAACAAGAUCUCAUCAACAGGCUCCAGGCAUAUCUUGAAGAGCAUGCUGAAGAGGAGGCAAAUGAAGAAGAUGUACUGGGAGAUGAAACAGAGGAAGAAGAACCAAAGCCCAUAGAACUGCCUGUCAAAGAGGAAGAACCCCCUGAGAAAACUGUUGAUAUAGCAGCAGAGAAGAAAGUGGUAAAAAUUACAUCUGAGAUACCACAGACUGAAAGAAUGCAGAAGAGAGCUGAGCGAUUCAAUGUACCUGUGAGCUUGGAGAGUAAGAAGGCUGCCCGGGCAGCAAGAUUUGGGAUUUCUUCAGUUUCAUCAAAAGGCCUGUCUCCUGAUGCCAAGCCUAUGGUUAACCUUGAUAAACUAAAGGAAAGAGCUCAGAGAUUUGGUUUGAAUGUCUCUUCAAUCUCCAGAAAGUCUGAAGAUGAUGAAAAGCUGAAAAAGAGGAAGGAACGAUUUGGGAUUGUCACAAGUUCCGCUGGAACAGGAACUACAGAGGAUACAGAGGCAAAGAAGAGGAAAAGGGCAGAGCGCUUUGGGAUUGCCUGAUGAAAAGCUCUUAAUGUUUCUGUUCUCCAGUGGUUUCCAUCUCUCUGACUUUUCUUGGUCAUAUAUAAAUGCACAGUCAUGUGCCUAGGUCCUGCCUCACAGUGAGAGAGCAUGUACCCCGGGUACAUCCAGGAACUGCAGCAGCAAUUUGACUCAUUGCUGUUCCAACUUUAAGGUUGUUGUUCUUGUGUUGUUGUUUUUUAAUUAUUAUUUUGCUUGUUAAUAAAAAAAACAAAUAGAAAAGAAAA